GGCGAUCCACUCGUUUGCGAUCUAUCGGAGGGCGAGAAGGGCGUUUCGAAGAUUGAAGCUUCCUGGUUGAAGAGUGUGAAAUUGGAAGGAAGCAAUCUAGAAAUGGAGAACUCGUUUCUUGUGGAUUGAAGAGGAGCCGCCAUCUUCCGCUAUCCAGUGCAAGUUGCAGCGAAAUCUCGAAGUUGAUUCGGAAUAGGGGUUCUCUUUUUUUCUUCUUCUUGUUGUUUUUCAUAUUUCGUUGAAGGGGAAAAGAUUGUAUCUUUGGGAUUGUGUCGGUUAAACAUGUCGUUCCAUUUAAUGGCUUGGCUCAAGAGGAAGAUCGUCGAUCCGCUUAUGCAGAUUAUUAGAAGGGGUGCUGAACCGAAGCAAUUGGCCCUUUCUACUGCUUUAGGCAUUACUCUUGGUGUCUUUCCAAUAUGUGGGACGACGGUUUUCCUUUGUGGUUUAGCCAUAGGACUCAUUGGAAACCAUUGCCAUGCUCCAACUCUCAUGCUUGCCAAUUUUGUCGCCACCCCAAUUGAGUUGAGUUUAAUUGUACCAUUCUUGCGGCUUGGCGAACUCAUCUCCGGCGGUCACCAUUUCGCAUUGACCUCAGAUGCCUUUAAAAAAGUGAUAACUGGUCAGGCCUCGAAAGACGUUUUUAUCAGCAUAUUUCAUGCGUUGUUGGGUUGGAUUAUCGCGGCACCAUUCAUCCUUGCCACUCUGUAUACUCUUCUGGUCCCUUGUUUUAAGUUACUGGUUCGCAGAUUUAGCGUAAGUCCUUCAAGCUCAAAGAUACUAGCCACAGAUUGAACUCUGUUACAUGCCUAAGACGAGCAUUUAGAUGUGCCAAAUAAUGACAACAAUUUUAUGGUUCCAUUGAUAUUCUAAUAUUUGCAUAACUUCUUCCAUUUUAUCUCAUCGUGUAUAUAGAAUAUACUCAUUUGUUUUUUUUCUAUUUUUUUUUUAUUUUCAUCGAAUCUUAAAUAAAAUUGAUUGUUUACUUUGUUUAUUACUUAUAGAAUGAACUCCUUUGAACGAAUUAUGAGGGGUCGAUAUAUAACCGGGAUUACAAUAUACGCGUCACUAUCUGGAAUCUACGCCGUCCACGUGUGUUGCAUCUACAACGUUCCUUACCUUGCCCCUUUCUAUAUAAACUCGCUCCCUCGCCCGUUAUCAUUCCAGUUCUCCGGUUUCCUUGUUUCUUCCAUUUUCGAGCAAGGACACGAUUCGCAAGGCGGCCUCCGCUCUCGCUCCCUCGCCGCAUCCGAUGCCAGGCUACCGGAAUCUCACUUCCCGCCUUCCUUCCAGGCCUUACCGCAGCCUUUCUUUGUUCUUGAUGGUGUCUCCGAUCACGACGACGUGGCGUGCUUUGCUUCCUCCGGUCGCCGUUCCCAACCUAGCUUGAUGGGUGUCGUUUUAGGCUAUUCGAGGAGACCUUUCUGGUCCUGACGUUUCAGGAGUUUCCAUUGUUAUUAUCCACGGGUUUACUUUGUUUCUUUUGAUGAGAUUUAUAUUUCAUUUUUGUCCUAUUUUUCUGUUCCUCUUUUCUUUUUCUUUUUCUUUUUUUUUGAUCCCUCUCUCGAUCCAGUGGUUGUUCCAAUCUUGAGUGUGCAACGUGAAGAAAUCGUAAUCUUGAUUCUUUUAGAUAUAUAUUUUUUAUGAAUGAGAUUUUUUUUUCAUGCACCAGAUCAUAGAUCAUGAACUCAGUCUGAGAGAGAGUGUCGUGUGGAGAUUGGUUACUGAUACAAGGUAGAAUCUGACGUCCACUUUUAGGCAACCCCCAUUUAGGCAAUCCCUCUGCCUGAAGCCAGACUUCUGAUGUUUAUUUAUGUGAUUUGAUACUCUUAACUUCUUAAGGAUCCUGGUUCUCAAUAUUAAUUAAUUUAUUUUUUAGGAGCAAUUUCUGUGUGCAAUGACUUGUCAAGAUUUUGCAUGAUGAUUGAUUCAUAUCUAUCGCCAUUGGCUCCCUUAAUUUCGAAGCUCAAGGUGCUCUCUCUUGCAGCCAACAAACUCACAGGAAGCAAUUCUUCUUUGAUCAGUAGCCUCGCCAGCAUAACAGGACUGCACUUGGCUGAUAAACCCGCUCGCCGUCACUGUGUCUACUUCAGUUGGAAACCUAACCACGCUGACUGAGCUUGUUCUAGCGCGGAACGAUCUUGGAGGAGUCAUCCCGCCUCCACUUUGGAGUUCCUCUCUUGUGAUGCUUGACGUACAGGGGAACCACCUGUCUUACCGAAAGAAUUCUAAUUGAUUGACCCAUCAAUUUGAUUAAAUAUGAUUUUCAGGAUAUAUUCUAUAUGAUAUCAAAUUAGGCCUUAGUUUUCUUAUUAUGUAAUCAAUCAGAUGAGCGGAUUUCAUAGUUGAAAAGAUGAUAUAUGUUUUUGUAAUUGACUAUUGAUGAUUACAUACAGAAUUAAGAAUUUCAGAAUA